GUACGCAUCAGGCUACUGGCAGCUGGCAGGAGUUUUCAGUUUGCAGACUUCAUUUAAAGUAUCCAGUGAUCCGAGAUUUGAGCAAUGGCAGACAAGGAACUUGCCAAAGUGAGGACUAAGUUCGCAGAGGGAGUGAACAAAGCAGUUAUUAAGCAGCUCCUGGAUGACAUUUUAGAGGAUGGCAUCGUGAAUGAUGGAGAGGUAGACUCAAUACUUGAGGAGAACGUUACCAAGACAGACAAGGCACGUGCCCUCAUUGACACAGUGAAGAGGAAAGGAGAUGAAGCCAGCAGCAAGCUCAUUGCUCGUCUUUCUAAGAGAGAUCCUACACUUUACAAUAACCUGGGUCUGACGUCUGGUAAAUGUUCUCAGCCAGCUCCCGAGCCCCUGAAAGAUGAGUGGUCAACCACACUCAAACCAACAACAGAUGCUUUCUGGAGAGAGAAACAGAAUGAUAGAAGUACUUACAAUGUGACCAAAGAGAACAUCAGGAGUCGUGUGGCUCUGCUAAUCACUAACAUAAAGUUUACUGACGUGGCAAUGAACAGAAAGGGAGCAGACAAAGACGAGGAGAACAUGGAGAAACUGCUCAAAGCGCUGGGAUACGAGGUGGUGAAGUACACAAACCUCACUGGAAAGGAGAUCGAAGAAGCUGUAAUUAAGUUCUCUAAACAUCCAAAGCUGAAAGAGACAGACAGCGUGUUUGUGGUUAUCAUGUCUCACGGGGAACUGGGAGCUGUCCUCGGUGUCAACUAUAAAAAGGGCGAUCCGGAAAGAGAAAAGGACAAGUUCCCCAUUGAUGACAUUUACAAACACUUGGCCACAACCCAUUGUCAAGAACUGCUGGAUAAACCCAAGAUCAUCAUCAUCCAGGCCUGCAGAGGAGAAAGGGACGGAUCUGUGCUUGUUAGUGAUGCAGCUGUGGUCAGUGAUGAUGCACGACAUCCAGACCCAUCACUGCCUGCUGAUGAAGAAAACAUUGAGGAUGAUUCUUUGCGCCGUGCACCCAAAGAAAAAGACUUCAUACGUUUUCUUUCUUGCACUCCUGAUACUGUCUCGUAUAGACAUACAGACAAGGGGUCUUUUCUAAUCCAGUAUAUUGUUGAGGCACUCAACACCUUUGCACAUAAGGAUCACAUUGAGGAACUUUUCAGAAGAGUCACGCAACGCUUUGACGAGGGCUUCCCCUGUCAGUCCAAAAGACAGAUCCCAACCAAGGACAGAUGCACUCUCCCGAAGAACUUCUAUCUCUUUCCCGGCCUCUGAGACAGAAUCCAGAGUUGUAGCAACACAGAUUUUUUUUUCUCCCUGUUUCAUUCAUUCAAAUGUACUCCUUCAUUCUAGCUAUGCUUUCUGAGGUGCCACUCUGUGAUAAGAUCAAAUAUGCACUCUAUAUAUUUUUUAUUAACAGACAGUGUAAGACAUGGAAUUAAUGGAGCACAAAGGUUGAAGAGUUUUAUCCAUUUUUAAUGCUUGACUCAACAGCUUACUCAGGUUGACUUUCUUUUGAAGA